GAAGAUGAAAGCCAACAUCCACUGCUGACCAUACUGCUUUUGACCUCCGGGACCUGGCCGGAACCCUCGCCGGAGUCUCUAAAAACCUUCACGGGCGCUUCAAUGUCCGUUUCUUCGAUUGCGUAGAGGAACCAGAAUGGGUUGUGCUGGAUCGUCACAGACCAAAGGAGAUGGGACUGUAAAGAAGAUACGGAAACCAAAGCCUUGGAAGAAUCCUCAACCGCUUACAAAAACUCAGCUCAUGCAGAUGCGUGAUGAAUUUUGGGACACAGCUCCUCACUAUGGUGGCCAGAAAGAGAUCUGGGAUGCACUUCGAGCUGCUGCUGAAGCUGAUCUAACCCUUGCACAAGCAAUUGUGGACAGCGCAGGGGUCAUUGUUCAAAGUGCCGAUUUGACAAUUUGCUAUGAUGAAAGAGGUGCAAAAUAUGAACUACCCCAUUAUGUUUUGAGUGAGCCAACCAACUUGAUUCGAGACGGUUGAAAACCGAGAGGGUAAACAGCACCAUCCCGUGCACAAGAUUGAAUGUAAAUCUUGUACAUCAAUUCUCUCAUUCUCCUCCAAAUCCAUCAUAAGGUAGGGUUCCCUUUGAUGCCAUUCCAUCUGGAUCUCCUCUGACUUGUCUUAUCUUGCUGGAUUUUCAUAACAAACCAGAAAGCAAAAACUAUUUGGUGGUUCUUCUGAAACAUCUUGGUUUUUUUUUCAAGAGUUAUUUGUUCUUUGAUUUGCUUCUUGGUGGUCUAGUAAUAGGUGGUGUUAUUAGUUGUUUUUAUUUUCUGAACUCAGUCCUUUAAUAACCCGAGUUUCGCUUUCAAGUGAUCAUUUGUGCUCCCAUGAAAAGGGCAAUUGAGGAGAACUUCUACAGCUAUUAAGCUUUGGUGGAAAUGUAAAUGAAGUGCUGGCAUUCCCACAAUGGUAUAAGCCCUAAAAUGAUUGGGAAACCCAAAUAGAAAUGGAAGUGAGGCCAGUGUUUUAAUUGUAUCGAAUUUUUUUCUUUCUUUUUUUUUUGGUUUUUCGGGUUUAAACUUGAAUGAAUUAUUAUCCUCAUAAUUUACCAUGAAUAUUGUGGUGACAUG